GCAUUAUUUUUGGAAGCCUGAUUUCCCCAUAUCAUCCCGACGGAGUCCAAAAGAGCAGAAAAAUAGUGUGAGAGAGAAUGGCGAAGCUUUUAUCCACACCUCGUCUGACCUCCAUUCACAAACUCACAGUCGCUUCAAGUCUCUCCAAGUCUUCUUCUUCUUCUCCAAUUCACUCUUCUCCCACUGUUUCCCCCAUUUCUCUGCACUCAAAUUCCCUCUUUUUCUCCCUCUACACUACUCCUCUCCUCACCCUUCGCUCUAUCGAUAACCCUUCCCAUAUUCAUCGAAAUUUCUCCGUUUUAGCCUUCGACACUAAGAAUGAGGACGUAUCACCGUCUUCCAAAGAUGACACUAAGGAUGAGGACGUAUCAUCGACUAAGGAUGAGCCUGUUGCUGAAAUCAACGCCGAUGAUAUUGGGAAAGAAGAUCAGUAUCCAACCGGGGAAUUCGAAUUUGAGGAGUAUGGUGUUUGGAAGAGCUUAGUUGUGAAGUUUAGAAUGCUCUUUACGCUUCCUUGGGAGCGAGUCCGCAAGGGAAGUGUUCUCACCAUGAAAUUGCGCAAUGAGAUAUCUGAUCAGUUACAGAGCCGUUUCUCUUCAGGAUUAUCCCUACCUCAAAUUUGUGAGAACCUCAUGAAGGCCGCUUAUGAUCCUCGAAUCUCUGGUGUUUAUCUCCACAUUGAACCUUUAGGUUGUGGCUGGGGCAAAGUUGAAGAAAUUCGGAGGCAUAUACUGGACUUCAGGAAAUCAGGUAAAUUCAUAGUUGGCUAUGCACCUGCUUGUGGUGAAAAGGAGUACUACAUUGGCUGCGCUUGUCAAGAGCUUUAUGUCCCUCCAAGUGCUUACUUUGCGUUGUAUGGCUUAACAGUUCAAGCAUCAUUUUUGGGAGGUGUCUUUGAGAAAGUUGGAAUUGAGCCACAAGUGCAAAGAAUUGGUAAAUAUAAGAGUGCUGGAGAUCAACUAAUGCGUAAAAGUAUAUCUGAUGAAAAUCGGGAGAUGCUAACUGCAUUACUUGAUAAUAUAUAUGGAAAUUGGCUUGAAAAAGUUGCUCUUACUAAAGGUGACUUCAGAUUUGAACUUCAUACUGGAGAUUUGAAGUCCAGUGGGGAUUUUCAUGAUCUGUUUUCUUACUCAGGGAAGAAAAUAGAAGACAUUGAGCAGUUCGUUAAUGAUGGAGUCUACCAAGUUGAAAGGCUAAAGGAAGAAAGCUGGAUAACAGACAUUAAGUAUGAUGAUGAGGUAAUGUCAAUGUUGAAAGAGCGUUUGGGAAUUUCGAAGGAUGAAAAUCUCCCUGAAGUUGAUUACAGGAAGUAUUCAAAAGUUAGGAGAUGGACUCUCGGUCUAACAGGUUAUAAAGACCAGAUAGCUGUCAUUCGAGCCUCCGGGAGUAUUAGUCGCACACGCGGUCCAUUUAGUUCAUCUAGUUCAGGAAUAAUAGCAGAGAAGUUGAUUGAAAAAAUUCGUAGUGUACGAGAGUCGAAAAGGUUUAAAGCUGUCGUCCUUCGAAUUGAUAGUCCUGGAGGAGACGCUCUUGCUUCUGAUUUAAUGUGGAGAGAAAUUAGAUUGCUGGCAGAAUCUAAACCUGUUAUAGCAUCUAUGGCUGAUGUGGCAGCCAGUGGAGGAUAUUAUAUGGCAAUGGCUGCACAAGCUAUUGUGGCAGAGAACCUUACAUUGACAGGCUCAAUAGGUGUGGUGACAGGGAAAUUCAACUUGGGAAAAUUAUAUGAAAAAAUUGGCUUCAAUAAGGAGACAAUAUCGAGGGGAAGAUAUGCAGAGCUUACUGCGGCUGAACAACGACCAUUCAGGCCUGAGGAAGCAGAACUGUUUGCCAAAUCUGCACAGCAUGCAUAUACCCAAUUCCGAGACAAGGCUGCCCUUUCAAGAUCAAUGACGGUGGAUAAAAUGGAGGAGGUUGCACAAGGGAGAGUCUGGACUGGAAAGGAUGCUCUUUCACGAGGUCUAGUUGAUGCUGUCGGUGGUCUCUCUCGUGCUGUAGCAAUUGCAAAACAGAAGGCCAAUAUACCUCAGGAUAGACAGGUUUCUGUUGUUGAGCUGUCAAGGCCAUCCACGUCCUUACCGGAAGUUUUAAGCGGCAUAGGAAGCUCUUUGGCCGGAGCAGAUAGAACUUUAAAAGAGUUGCUAAAUGAUGUGGCAUCAUCUGAUGGGAUCCAAGCCCGUAUGGACGGCAUCAUGUUUGAGAAAUUAGGAGGAGCUGCUUACACCAAUCCCCUGUUUUUGUUGAUAAAAGAUUGCCUCAGUUCCUUCUAAGUCAAAGGUUGUAUGCUGCUGUUGUAUCAGAAAUAUCUCAUUUUGUUAUUUGCUCAAGCACAACGUUCAUACAAGGAUCUUACAUUUUGUUGAGGAUGCAGAAUUCGGUUUGUCUACUUAAGGACAAAAGCAAAAAAUCAGUGGUUGCAGGAUGGUAUAUAUGAGCUCUUGCUGAUUUGAAUUCAGGAUGGGUGGUUCUCAACAAGGGUAUGGAGGUACUACACGAAUUAGUAUAUCAUGACAUUCUGUUAUAUACAACUACUGUAACUUAGAAACAAUUCCACUUUGUACUUCCGUAUGAGUCAUUCUGUUUGAACAGAUAGAUCCAUUGUGACAACAGCCAUGUAAAAAAUACAGAUUUACAAUUUAGAAGUGGAACAUUCUCAUUAUCUGUUU